ACCACCGAACCUUCCCCCUCCACACACACACACACCUCGCCGCCGCCGUCGCUUUGAACCUUACACAACCGAAUCUCUCUCUGUUUCCGUCUCAUCAUCAUCCUCAUCAUCCUCACCAUCCUCACCAUCCUCAUCACUCCCUCCCAUCUUUGCCAGUCGCUGCUGAACAACAUAUAAUAAACACACCAGUCAGCGCUGCACUCAUACAUACACGCACACACACAGACACAUACGCACAUAGACACACACACACAUAUAUAUAUACAUAUAUACCUAUAUACACACACCAACACACACACACACACACACACUCAGGCAUCUUAUUUAGGAAAAGUCUUGUGUGCUGAAGCCACACUUUAAAAACUUGCAUUUCGUCAACGAGUUUUAUUAUGAAGCGCCUUUUUCAAGUGUGGAAGGGUUAAGCGACAAUGUGCACGGGGGGUCAAGUUGAGAUUAAGGGCAGCAACUCAGGAUGCUGGGCCGGGAGAACUACUUUGGAAAAGAAACUUUUUCUGGUUUUAGGAUUGUCAUUGGUUUUAAGCGUCGCCUUCGCUCUCACCACCGUUGUAUUCGUCUUACGAAAAGAUGACAAAGAGGAAAUCUGUCUCACUCCAAGAUGUACCGUGGCAUCUGCUCGAUUGAUUCGGUCAAUUGACACUAGCGUUAACCCAUGUGAUAAUUUUUUUGAUUAUACAUGUGGUCAAUGGGUCAAGCGACAUGCCAUACCCGAUGACCUUUCAUCCAUUGAUACUUUCACUGUACUUAGAGAUGAGGUGGAGAACACGCUGAGAGAAUUAUUGGAAAACAGCGUAUCUUCGAGUGAUGCCAGGGCGAUUCGAAAGGCAAAACUUCUGUACAAAUCGUGUAUGAAUGAAACAUUAAUCGAAGAACGCAGUUUAGCAGAAUUUGAAACAGUACUGAGAGGAGAAUUUGGUGAUUGGCCAGUACGGUACAACAGUAGGGAUAUAAAUAAUUUUAGUCUAGUUAAUUUACUGUCAUCGUUAAGAAAAUACAAUUGUCAGCCUUUAAUUCACAUUGCAGUUCGCUCAAACAAUAAGAACUCCACUAGUCAUGUACUCUCGAUCGAUCAACCUUCUUUCGGAAUGCCUGGGCAAAAGUAUUACUUGAAAGGUCGCAAUGAUACCAAAUUAAAGGCUUAUGAAAAGCUCGCCGUUCAGAUGGCAAUCAAUUUUGGGGCCGACCCGAAGACAGCUGAAGAAGACAUGAGUGAUAUGGUGGAUUUGGAGAUAAAGCUUGCCAACAUUAUUACGCCGCCGGAAAACAGACGUGAUAAUGAGAGGCUUUACAACAAAAUGACGGUCAAAGAACUUUCACACAAAUUCAAAGAGUUUGAUUGGAUGUCCUAUUUUACUCAAGUCAUGAACAUCCCCAAAAAGUCAAUAUAUAUCAACGAGACAGAGAAGAUUAUUGUUCGGGAUCCAUCGUACUUUACGGAGCUUAUGAAAAUUCUAACCCAAGUCGAUAAAAGGAUUCUGGCAAACUAUGCAAUUUGGAUUUUAGUAAAACAAGUUGGCGUUUUCCUACCCUCACGUUUCCGUAAACUUAUACAAGAAUAUGACAAGGUAAUGACGGGAAUCGCCUCGGCGCGUCCUCGAUGGAGCUCGUGUACACAAUUCACAAACGAUCAUCUCGGAAAUGCUGUAGGACGAAUGUUUGUUCAACAGAAUUUUGACGACGAAGCCAAAUCGCAGAUGAUCGAAAUGAUAAGAAACUUGCAGGAUUCAUUCAGUGAAAUUCUUAAGGAACUGGAAUGGAUGGAUACAGACACACGGAAAGUUGCGCGAGAAAAGGCAGAGAGCAUGCGCGAGAUGAUUGGUUACCCAGACAAAAUCUUGAAUGACACGGAACUCGAUCGUCAAUAUAAACAGAUCGAUUAUGACCCGGAUAACUUUAUGAAGAAUGUUCUAGAGACUAUGAAGGGCAAUGCCAUCGAAAAUCUGAAGGUCCUAAGGGAUACUGUGGACAAGGACAGGUGGAUUACACAACCAGCCGUGGUCAAUGCAUUUUACAGCUCAACACGCAAUUCUAUCUCUUUCCCAGCAGGAAUACUCCAGUUACCGUUUUAUGACAAACAGCAGCCAUCUUCGAUGAAUUAUGGAGCUAUUGGUGUGGUGAUUGGUCAUGAGAUAACACACGGCUUCGAUGACAGAGGGCGUCAAUUUGAUAGGGAGGGAAACCUAAGGCAGUGGUGGAGUACGGACGUCAUCAAAAGGUUUACUAAAAAGGCCGACUGCAUUGAAAAUCAAUAUUCUAAUUAUUCUGUUCCAGAGGCGAACAUGAAGAUCAACGGGCGAAAUACCCUGGGUGAAAAUAUCGCCGAUAAUGGUGGACUGAAGCAGUCAUUCCGGGCUUACAAGAACUGGAUCCGUAAGCGAGGAGCAGAAGAGCCGAAACUACCCGGUCUUAACUAUACCCAUGAACAAUUGUUCUUCCUGGGAUUUGCGCAGGUUUGGUGUGGGAACAUGCGGCCCCAGUAUGCACAGAACCGCAUUUUGUCUGGGUACCACAGCCCGGGUCGAUUUCGGGUUAUUGGUACGCUGCAUAAUUCGAAGGAAUUUUCAGAAGCCUUCAACUGCCCAAAAGGCAGCUACAUGAAUCCAGAGAAGAAGUGCUCAGUGUGGUGAGAUGCUGUUCGACGGUUCACUGCACAGUGUCACACUCAACAUUUCUAUGUGUUUUCUCCUCGGUGUACCUUCAAUUUCUGGUGACUGAACAUUAUUACCUCGAGCAGAUGUACAAAUGAGAGGACACUACAAAAGAGGUUUUAACGCUA